GUCCGCCACCGUGUUAUGGGCGUGCGCAACUGCCUCGACGGCAAUAAUAUGUCAGGACAACGCGAUAUCCCCCUUGAACUCGGGGAACAGUCCGAGCAACCAUCUUUGGAGGCCCCAGGGGCAGCUGCCCCCAGUCCUGGGCCUGGCGCAGCCGAAGAGAUGGAGACCGAACCGCCUCACAGCGAGCCCAUCCCCCUCGAGAUUGAAGGCGAGGCCUGUGGACCCCCAGAGGUCUCCAGGCCCAACUUCCAGGACGUGGGAGAGGCCAUCGAGGAAGCAGGAGCCCAUGGAGACUACAGCCCACCUCCUGAGGAAGCCAUGCCCUUCGAGGUCGAGCAGCCCUGCUCAGGAGGCUUCUGGCCUACCCCGGAGCAGCCUGGAGACACCUCUGGGGCCCGUGAAGGCCUGGAGGUCUUUGGCCCAACGCUCGUGGAGCCCGGAGCCUUCGGUGAUGCCAAACCAGGCCUGGGAGGCUACAGCCCUCCACCUGAAGAAGCCAUGCCCUUUGAGUUUGAGCAGCCUGCCCAGGGAGGUGGCAGCCAGCCUCCCCUGCAGGUCUCAGACCUCGCUCCAGGAGGCCCAGGUGCGGGGGUCUUUAGCACGCCUCCCCAGGAGCCCCAAGCUCUCAGACCUGCAAACACAGACUUUGGAGGAGACCGCAGCCCUCCCCCUGAGGAGGCUAUGCCAUUUGAGUUUGAUGGAGCAGCCUUUGGGGACGACAGCCCACCCCCUGGGCUCCCCCGAGCUAUCCCACAAAUCGACGGCGGCGGCGGCGGCGGCAGCGGCCAGUCCGCGGCAGCCGCGGUCUCGAGUGCGGUCCUCCUCGCUCCCGCCGCGAACGAGCCCCCCCUCUGGGUCCCAGCCGCCAUCGGCAGCCCAUCCCGAGAGGCUGUCAGAUCUCCUCCACACUUCGCGGGCGACAGCCCCCCGAUGGAGAUCUCCGGACCCCCGCUCGAGAUUGGCAGCGCCCCCGUUGGGGUCGACGACGCUCCCGUCAACAUGGACAGCCCCCCAAUCGCGCUUGACGGCCCGCCCAUCGAGGUCUCCCGAGCCCCAGUUAAGAGAGAGCGAGCAGAGGGAGAGAGACCCCCAGUUGAGGGAGAAGCAGCCGAGAUGGAAGGAGGCUCAGCCGCAGCUGCUGCGGAAGGAGGAAAAGUCCCCUCUCCGGGGGACGGAGCCCCGGACGCCGGGGCCAAGCCUGCUGCUCCAGCCGCCGGGGCAGCCACGGCUGCCCCUGACACUCCAGCCGCCGGGGCAGCCGCUUCUGCCGCCCCUGACGUUCCAGCCGCCGGGGCAGCCCCAGCCGCCCCUGACGCUCCAGCCGCCGGGGCAGCUCCAGCCGCCCCAGCCGCCCCAGCCGCCCCAGCCGCCCCAGCCGCUCCAGCCGCCGGGGCAGCUGCUCCUGCCGCCCGGGCAGCCCCUGCCGCCCCUGCGUCUGGAGCCCGACCCAAGCUCCGCUUCCUUAGACCCCCCAGCCCCGAGAUCCAGGCUGCCGAUCCGCCUACUCCGCAGCCUACUCGCGCAUUUGCCUGGCGGGGCAGGUCUGGCCGCAGCCGCGACGACGACGAGGGGUCGGUCAGCAGCGACGACCACAGCAGCGAUGAGUCUGACGAUGGGACCUCCGGAUGCCGCCGCUGGCUGCAGCCCCGGCGAAAUCGCCGCCGCCGAAAGCCCCGGCGCAACUUGCUCCGCAACUUCCUCAUGCAGGCCUUCGGGGGCUGCUUCGGCCGAUCCGAGAGCCCCCAGCCCAAAGCCUCGCACAGCCCCAAGGUCAAGAAGAUUCCCCUGGCGGAGAAGCGCAGACAGAUGCGCAAGGAAGUCCUGGAGAAGCGCGCCCAGAAGCGCGCAGAGAAGAAACGCAGCAAGCUCAUCGACAAACAACUCCAGGAGGAAAAGAUGGGGUACAUGUGUACGCACCGCCUGCUGCUUCUAGGGAGAAAAGUGGUGCCGAGCAACACUGAGGGUCGUUUCCGGCUGGACAAGCCAGCGUCAGCGACCGUAAUGCCCCCAGUCCCGGGGUGGGGGCCGGCAAGAAAGAAGGGGGCUUCAGGUGCCGGAGAAUCUGGUAAAAGCACCAUUGUGAAGCAAAUGAGGAUCCUGCAUGUUAAUGGGUUUAAUGGAGAGGGCGGCGAAGAGGAUCCGCAGGCUGCCAGGAGCAACAGCGAUGGUGAGAAGGCGACCAAAGUGCAGGACAUCAAAAACAACCUGAAGGAGGCGAUCGAAACCAUCGUGGCCGCCAUGAGCAACCUCGUGCCCCCCGUGGAGCUGGCCAACCCCGAGAACCAGUUCAGAGUGGACUAUAUUCUGAGCGUGAUGAACGUGCCUGACUUUGAUUUCCCUCCUGAGUUCUAUGAGCACGCCAAGGCUCUGUGGGAGGACGAAGGAGUGCGUGCCUGCUAUGAGCGCUCCAACGAGUACCAGCUCAUCGACUGUGCCCAGUACUUCCUGGACAAGAUUGAUGUCAUCAAGCAGGCUGACUAUGUGCCCAGCGAUCAGGAUCUGCUUCGCUGCCGCGUCCUGACUUCUGGAAUCUUUGAGACCAAGUUCCAGGUGGACAAAGUCAACUUCCACAUGUUUGACGUGGGCGGCCAGCGCGACGAGCGCCGCAAAUGGAUCCAGUGCUUCAAUGAUGUGACUGCCAUUAUCUUCGUGGUGGCCAGCAGCAGCUACAACAUGGUCAUUCGGGAGGACAACCAGACCAACCGCCUGCAGGAGGCUCUGAACCUCUUCAAAAGCAUCUGGAACAACAGAUGGCUGCGCACCAUCUCUGUGAUUCUGUUCCUCAACAAGCAAGACCUGCUCGCGGAGAAAGUCCUUGCUGGAAAAUCGAAGAUUGAGGACUACUUUCCAGAAUUUGCUCGCUACACUACUCCUGAGGACGCUACUCCCGAGCCCGGAGAGGACCCACGCGUGACCCGGGCCAAGUACUUUAUCCGCGACGAAUUUCUGAGAAUCAGCACUGCUAGUGGAGAUGGGCGCCACUACUGCUACCCCCACUUCACUUGCGCCGUGGACACCGAGAACAUCCGCCGUGUGUUCAAUGACUGCCGUGACAUCAUUCAGCGCAUGCACCUCCGUCAGUAUGAGCUGCUCUAAGAAGGGAACACCCAAAUUUAAUUAAAGCCUUAAGCACAAUUAAUUAAGAGUGAAACGUAAUUGUACACGCAGUUGAUCACCCACCAUAGGGCAUGAUUAACAACGCAACCUUUCCUUUUCCCCCCAAGUGAUUUUGCGAAACCCCCUUUUCCCUUCCGCUUGCUUGAAUAUUCCAAAUUUAGAAAGCUUAAGGCGGCCUACAGAGAAAAAGAAAAAGAAAAAAAGGCCACAAAAGUUCCCUCUCUCUUUCAGUAAAAA